AUGCUAUCAAAUACUACGAUCCCUUCAUCAAUUCUACUGCUCCCGCUGGAACUCGUCCUCGUGAUAUUCAACUAUGUGAAUGAUUAUUCCCAACUUUUGAAACUUCGUGCAGCAUUCCAACAUCACAAGAACCUCUCGGGACUUGUUGAAUGCAUUGACUCGAUUGUCUUUGCGAAAAUCGUGGUUUCUUCGGCUGAUGACCAUCGACAUAAUUUGCAUAGUUUUGUUAGAUGUGAUCUGUUUAAUUUGUCUACCAGUAAUGAUGACACCCAACCCUCCAUGAUGUGGGUGCAUACCACAAAAGAACGAAAUCUAUCAAAGAUUAUUACCACGAAUCAAACUUGUCAUCCUUUGUUAAUUGACUUUAGUGACCCCGUGGAAUUAUCACCUUUCAAACCUUACAUCAGAGAAAUAGCCAUCAACCCCACCCCAGUGCUUGAAAAUCAGGGCUGGGAAGAAGAUUCUCAUGAUCGACAACAACAGCAACAUGGCGGCAUGAAAUUUGUGGAGUUUAUCAACAGUUUGCCUAGCUUGAUGUCAUUGAAAAUAAAUCAGACACUAUCCAUGAAUAUCAAUGUUCCAAUACGGCAUUUAGAUAUUGGCAAUCUUGGAAAUUUAGAUUAUUUAAAUCUAUCGCAACUAAGGACAUUGAAAUCUCAGGUACGCCAAUCGCUAGAUCCUUAUGACUUACCAUUGCUAACUGAUGUCACUUAUACUUUACAAAAUCUCAACGUCAAUGGUUUCCAUUGGUCCAGCUCGGGCCAGCUUGAACGGUUGAAUAUCCAGUGUAUGAUCGGUCAAGUAAUCAUCAACAAUUUCACUAACCGAUACUUGCCGUGCCUAAAGAAGAUUUCCAUUACCAGCAAGAUGUUUGCCCAAAGACGACCGAAAUUGUACCUUGUUGAUCCUUGGGAUCUCUCUACAUUGACCCAUUUGACAAUAUCUCAAGCUGUAUUAGACCCUGCAUCACCAAUAUCAAAGAUACUUAAUGGUACAUCCAAUUUACAAGAGUUGAAAUUGGAUAAUGUCGAUCUUAAAUCAAUAAACUACUUGAAUCUUUCAGAAUUUACUAAAUUGAAGAAACUUUGCUUAUCUUCUAAUCCACUACCAAAUUUCGAAGGAAUUGAGUUGGCGGGUCUGGAUCUUGAAUAUUUGGAAAUUAAGCAUUGCAAAGUCACCGAGAUCCCGAAAUUUCAUCAUGAUGGUGGCCAUCCUCCCCUUACUUCACAAUUUCCAAAAUUACAUACUGUGAAUUUUUCAGAUUCGCAAAUCUCCAAGAUCAGAAACCUUCAAACGUUAACCAAUUUAAAAUCGUUGAACUUAUCAUUGGGGAAUAUUUCUGAGGUAGAGAACUUGGAAUCCUUGAUAAACCUCGAAGAAUUGAUCGUUUCCACAAACCAAAUCUCAAAGAUUGAUAAUAUUAGAUUGCCGAAACUUAAAGUGUUAAAUUUGGCUAAUAAUUUCAUUAGUAGAAUUGAGAACUUAGACCAGGCCCCAAUGCUUCAACAAUUAGAUCUCCUGAAUAAUAGGAUUUCUCGGAUCGAAAAUUUGGACUUUGGUUUAUCCAAUCUUGAGGUUUUAUCAUUGAAUAAAAACAAAUUGAUUAAAGAUAUAGGACGCUUGCAACAUUUGAAAAAAUUGAAAAAAUUGGGAUUGGCAAGAUUGGGAGUAGUUACGGGAUCUGACGCGAUCAAUAAAAUCACCAAAGAUAAUACCGAGGUAGAGGUAGAACUUUGGGGAACAAUUUUUGAAGACAGGCUUGAAUAUGGAAGGGGAAAGGUCAAGAGAUUGAAAAGAUAA